UCCGCUCCCUGCAGCUUGUGUAGCCCCUCGUCCCUCGGCCGGUCCCCCCUCUGUAGCCUUCUCCUCUGGGUUUGGUUCCCCAGAACAAUGACUGUGGGGAACAUGGGAAGUGUGCAGCUGUUUGAUGCUGGGAAGAAAGGUCGCGGCCUGAGGGCCACCAAAGAGCUCACUGCAGGGGAAGUGGUCUUCGCCGAGCCCAGUUUCUCUGCUGUGGUCUUCGACAGUUUGGCCACUCAGGUGUGCCACAGCUGUUUCCGGCGCCAGGCCAAUCUGCACCGCUGUGCCCAGUGUAAAUUUGCCCAUUACUGCGACCGCACCUGCCAGACUGCAUGCUGGGAUGAACACAAGCAGGAAUGUGGAGCCAUCAAGAUGAUGGGCAAGGUGCCGGGCGAAAAGGUUCGUCUGGCUGCUCGUGUGCUGUGGCGUAUACACAAGGACACAGGGAUUGUGUCGGACAGUCAGCUGAUCUCAGUGGACCAGCUGGAGGACCAUGUGACUGACCUACCUGAAGAAGAUCUCAAGCACCUCAAGACUGAUGUGUACACCUUCCUGGAAUACUGGACUUAUGGAAGAAAGCAGCACUCUGUUGACGACAUCUCACACAUCUUUGGCAUCAUCAAGUGUAAUGGAUUCACACUGAGUGACCAGAGAGGCCGUCAGGCUGUUGGUUUGGGUCUUUUCCCCAACCUCUGUCUGGUCAACCAUGACUGUCGGCCCAACUGUGUCGCCAUCCUCAACCACGGCAAGGUGGAGCUGCGAGCUGUGGGUACAGUCUCAGAGGGUGAGGAGCUGACCGUCAGCUACGUGGACCUCCUCAACCUGUCUGCUGACCGCCAGAAGAAGCUCAAGGAGCAGUUCCACUUCCAGUGCAGCUGCGAACAGUGCAGCCAGCGCGUCAAGGACGACCUGAUGAUGGCUGCCGCAGAGAGCGAGGGGAACAAACCCUCUGCUGAUCAGCUGAAAGAAGGAACCGCCUUCAGUAAAGAGUAUCUGGAGAAGAUCGAGAGGUCGCGCAUGGAGAAGGAUUACUGCCAAGUGGUGAGGUUGUGUCGUGAGUGUCUGGAGAAGCAGGACAACAUCUUGGCUGACACUCACCUGUUGAAGCUGCGCGUGCUCAGCGUGGCCAGUGAGGUGCUCUCAUACCUGCAGUCCUUCUCUGAGGCUGCAGACUACGCCCGCAGGAUGGUGGAGGGAUACAUAAAGCUCUACCACCCCAACAAUGCCCAGUUGGGCAUGGCCAUCAUGCGGGCAGGCGUCACCCUCUGGCAUGCGGGGCAGACAGAGGCGGCUCACGGCCUGAUCUGCAAGGCCUACGGCAUCCUCAUGGUGACCCAUGGACCCAACCACCACAUCACCAGAGACCUGGAGUCUAUGCGCAUGCAGACUGAGAUGGAGCUGAAGAUGUUCAAGCAGAAAGAGGACUGAUCACCUGCAUCACUGAUGAUCCAAUCU